GCGGGGCGGGGCGCGCCGUCUCCCGGCCUGUCUGGAGCGCGGCAGCGGCAGUGGCGGCGGCGCGGCAGGCACCGGCCCGGGGAGCAGCACCAUGAGCGGAACACAGAACAAUGACAUGAAAAGACAGUUUCUGCUGGAGCGACUGCUGGAUGCAGUGAAACAGUGCCAGAUCCGCUUUGGAGGGAGAAAGGAGAUCGCCUCAGAUUCUGACAGCAGGGUAACCUGUCUGUGUGCCCAGUUUGAAGCCGUCCUGCAGCACGGCUUGAAGAGGAGUCGAGGGUUAGCACUCACGGCGGCCGCGAUCAAACAGGCAGCAGGCUUUGCCAGCAAAACCGAAACAGAGCCCGUGUUCUGGUUCUACGUGAAGGAGGUGCUCAGCAAGCACGAGCUACAGCGCUUCUACGCCCUGCGCCACAUCGCCUCGGACGUGGGCCGCGGCCGCGCCUGGCUGCGCUGCGCCCUCAACGAGAACUCCCUCGAGCGCUACCUGCACAUGCUCCUGGCCGACCGCAGCCGGCUCAGCACGUUUUAUGAAGACUGGGCUUUUGUCAUGGAUGAAGAAAGGUCUAGCAUGCUUCCCACCAUGGCAGCUGGUCUGAACUCCAUACUCUUCGCAAUUAACAUCGACAACAAGGACUUAAACGGGCAGAGUAAGUUUGCUCCCACCGUCUCGGACCUCUUGAAGGAAUCCACGCAGAAUGUGACCUCCUUGCUGAAGGAGUCCACGCAAGGAGUGAGCAGCCUUUUCAGGGAGAUCACAGCAUCCUCGGCAGUCUCCAUCCUCAGCAGAGCUGAGCAGGAGACCGACCCCCUGCCCGUGGUGUCCAAGCACGUCAGUGCCGAUGCCAAAUGUAAAAGGGAGCGGAAGAAGAAAAAGAAGGUGACCAACAUCAUCUCGUUUGAUGACGAGGAAGACGAGCAGAGCCCUGGGGAUGUUUUUAAGAAGAUCCCCGGGGCAGGGGAGAGCUCGGAGGAGAACUCUGACCGAUCCUCGAUCAAUAUCAUGUCAGCCUUCGAAAGCCCCUUUGGGCCAAAUUCUAACGGAAGUCAGGGCAGCAACUCUUGGAAAAUCGAUUCUCUGUCUCUAAACGGGGAGUUUGGGUACCAGAAGCUGGACGUGAAAAGCAUCGAUGAUGAAGACGUGGACGAGAACGAGGACGAUGUGUACGGGAGCAUGCCAGGAAGGAAGCGCCCAGGCCACUCGGAGUCGCCAGAGAAGCCGCGGGACGGGGGCGCCUGCCUCUCCCAGAUGCACGGCUGGGCCCCGCUGCAGGUGCUGCACGGCCACGCCGAGGUGCUCUUCCCGGUCAGCGGCGUGGGCUCCUACGGGCCUGCAGAUGCCCCCCUCGGGAGCCUGGAGAACGGGACGGGACCCGAGGACCACAUCCUCCCAGAGCCGGGACCCCGGUACAGCGUGGAAGCCAGUCCUCCAGGCCAGGAAAGUCCUCUGAGCAGCCUGUUACCUUCUGCCUCGGUGCCAGAGUCCAUGACAGUCAGUGAACUGCGACAAGCCAUCGUGGCCAUGAUGAACAGGAAGGACGAGCUGGAAGAAGAGAACAGGUCGCUGCGGAACCUGCUUGACAGUGAGAUGGAGCACUCGGCUGCGCUCCGCCAGGAGGUCGACAGCUUGAAGCGGAAGGUGGCUGAGCAGGAGGAGCGGCACGUCACGAAGGUCCAGGCGCUGGCGAGAGAAAACGAAGUGCUCAAGGUGCAGCUGAAGAAAUACGUAGGCGCUGUCCAGAUGCUGAAAAGAGAAGGCCAAACAGCCGAAGUUGUCCCAAAUCUUUGGAAUGUUGAUGGAGAAGUUACAGUCCCUGAGCAGAAACCCGGAGAAGUCGCCGAGGAACUUGCAAGCUCCUAUGAAAGAAAGCUCAUCGAGGUGGCGGAGAUGCACGGGGAGCUGAUCGAGUUCAACGAGCGUCUGCACCGGGCCCUGGUGGCCAAGGAAGCCCUCGUCUCCCAGAUGCGGCAGGAGCUCAUCGACCUGCGGGGGCCGGUGCCUGGAGAUUUGAGUCAAACAUCCGAAGACCAGAGUUUAUCAGAUUUUGAAAUAUCAAACCGAGCUCUGAUCAACGUCUGGAUCCCAUCAGUGUUUCUCCGGGGCAAAGCUGCCAACGCCUUCCAUGUGUAUCAGGUCUACAUCCGGAUAAAAGACGAUGAGUGGAAUGUCUAUCGGCGGUAUGCGGAGUUCAGGAGUUUGCACCACAAGUUACAGAACAAAUACCCUCAAGUGAGGGCCUUCAACUUCCCGCCCAAGAAGGCCAUUGGAAACAAGGACGCCAAGUUUGUGGAGGAACGCAGGAAGCAGCUGCAGACCUACCUGCGCAGCGUCAUGAACAAAGUCAUCCAGGCAGUCCCUGAGUUCACCGCCAGCCCCCAGAAGGAGACCCUGACCCAGCUGAUGCCCUUCUUCAUAGACAUCACCCCUCCUGGAGAAGCGCUAACCAAGAACAGCCGGCCCAAAGUGGCUUCCCGCUUCCCCAAGCUAUCCCGAGGUCACCCCAGGGAGACACGCAACGUGGAGCCCCAGAGCGGUGACCUCUGACCUCGAUGGCACCCCGGACUCGGGCCCUGCGUGCUGCGCCAGCUGUCUCCAGCCCGGCCACGGCAGCUGGCCUCUGCCGCCUCGGAGGGACCACCCUACCCCCACCAGUGAACCCCAGAGAGCACACCUGCCCCGCCGGGCGCAUGACACCCCGAUUAAACUGGGCCGUGUGAGAGCAGGGCGGCUCCUCACUGGACAGAUGUGGGCUCUGCUCUCCCCGCACCCCGCCUGGGGCUUCAAGGGCCAGGCGUUCCCCUCCCUCCAGCCCAGAGGCCAGCCGGAGGGUGGGCACCGGGUCAGGCUCAGAGCCCCCUGGUCGCGAUGCACAAGUCUGUCUCAUUUGGUCAGAAGGUUCAUUCACCUCUUGACUCUUUCCCACGUGGGAAUUUGAAUGACUGUUACUCCCCGCCCCCGUUUAAUGUAAUUGCCUGCUACAACCUAUGAACACGGAAGGUGGGGUGGGGUGGGGGGAGCUAGUUCCUUUCCGCUCACGCCCCACCAGUGGUCAGUAGACACCCUAGUUCUUGCCACCAGGCUCCAGGGAGAUGGUCCUGUGGCCUUCGUGCAGCGGGGCCAUUAGGGAUGAGGAACUGUGGCUCUUGGAGAACUUCCUACCUCCUCUCUGGGUGGUCCUGGAAGGACUGGCCCCUGUAGGAAGCCCGCGUGCACCUGGUCAGGCCAGCCGUCAGCAGCAACCUGGUGACCUGCACCGGAAAGCCCUGGGCUAUCUAGGCGUUGGUGGCCUUGGCCGCAAACGCCAAGAGGAGAGUCCUCAAGGCUUUGAGAGACUCGGUUCUGGGAAGCACUCCAGAAGGUUCUGGGGGCCUCUAGGGGUUCCGUGGAGCUCAGCCUGACUCUCUGUGAACUUGUGUGAAUGUGACUCACUCCAAACAAAUCAUGAUUGUCCCCUAAAGACGGUGCAUGUGCUGUCAGCCAGUAUGCUCUCGGUGGGAGCAGGGCCCUGGAUGCACCCCAAGGUUGACCCCUCUGCUCCUCCCAUUCAGAGAGCAUCCCCCUGCCACGAGCAGCAGGUGGGAACCGGAGGAGAAGCAACGUCAGAUCGCCCCCGUGGGACCAGAGCUGUUUGGCCAGUUUUAACAUCCAGAAGCGUGGAACUCUCCCCAACCCUGGGCAGGAGCCACCCUCAGCUGCUGAUACAAAGAAGGACGAAAAGGCGGCAUAACUGUGUGAAAUGCAGAGGGCUGAGCACACCUCAGCUCACACCUGGGUGAGCAGCGUGGGUCAUCAUCGAGUGCUUAGUGGAGACCCUGGAAGGGAUGACCUGGAGGGGCCAUGCCGCGCGCCCCCUGCUCACCAGAGGGAGGCUUGUCAGAGCUGACAUUCGCACACGGCCCUCCAGGGACGCAAGGAGGCUGGAGCGACUUCGGAGGGGACAUUCUACCUGGUGAACCAGGCCCGGGGGAGCGACACAAGCUGGCUGUCCUCCGUGGAUGGAAGUGGGAGUGUGUGUACGUGGGGGCCCUGCUGUCAGCCCGUGGGGGUCAGAGGACCCCAGGGACGCUGUGUCCUAGAAAGGCAGCGUGGUUUCUCUGCGCCGAGGGAUCCACUGCACAUGCGCCGUGUCAGAAUUCUCACACCCCACAGCACUGCCUUGAACGCGGAGCCCUCCUCCACCCAGGCCUCCAAGACCGUCUGGAAGUUCCAGCUGCCCCAAAGCUCCACCCCACACGUGGGUCCCUCCACAGGGGUCACUUUGAGGCCAGCUGACGGCUGCACAGCCAGAUCUGAACCCAGGGUGUUUCCCCUCUGUUCACAUGAGACCCAGAAUGGAUCCAGCGCCCCGACAUUCUCCAGGGCCAAGGAUUCUGAUCAGCUAGGCUGUGUUGGCGCCUGACCCCAAACACAUCUGAGUACAAUUUCUAGCCUCUCCUUCUCCAACUACCCCACCAGGAAGCGGCUUUGACAUUCUGCGCAUGGAGUGAAAAAACACCAAAAAAAAAAAAAAAAGGGCACCCAGCGCUACGGCAGACAGAUACUGAGUGGGAACACAAGAGCAUUCUCGGGCUGUAUUUGGAAAGGAGAAGCUCUGCCUUCCCGUUUUUAAAGCUUAAUUAUUCACGGGAAGCUUGCCCUGCCCUCCCAAAUGUGGGUUGUAGAAAGCAUGUUCCGAGGGGCCCUUCGGGGGCCCCUCCAGGCUGCUUGCCCUCUGUGCCCCCGUUUCUGUGACCCUACAGAAACCCCGAUCUUCAGUCCGUCUGGUUUCAGCUCAGAUACGCAUGUGACGUGCACAUCACAGCUCCUCCUCAAAGCCUUACCUCUGGAGUCACAUGGAAUGUUCUGCCAUGAUAUAGCCCUGCCAGGGCUGUGGGAUGGAUUUAGAAGGGGCAGCCCCCCAGCUCCUGGAGAAAGAGAACAAAACCCUGGGGCACAGAAUGCCACCCCCUGAAGCCGUGUCAUCGUCGUGCAUCAACCCGAUCUAAGUCAGAAGGCAGGAUGCCUCCCCACCCCCGCCCCGAGACCCAUCAGGUGAAAGACAGCCCCCCACCCCGCCGCCCUCCACACACACACACACAAAGGACCAGCUGACAUUGGCUUCUGUCUCCUUGAUCAAAUCAGAAGAUUCUUUGGCACCUAAGAAAGCGCUCCCCAUUCUUCAGAAAGGAACAGAAGGGCCCUUCUGUCUCCAGAAGGCCUUGACCUUCUGGUGCCCCCUGCACUGGGAGCAGGAAGCGCCCCUCCAAGUCCCCAGGGCACAGCCCAGCGGGCUGUUCAGGGGCAGCUUCAGCCCGAUCGGGACGGAAGCCCAGCCAGGUCCAGCUGCGCCUGCAUCUUGUCUUGUUCCCUCCUUUUCCCCCAGGUGGAAGGAAAGCACAGAAAAAGCAGACACACCUCUUCUUAAGAGAAAACCAGAGCUCCCAGGGAGCGAGGGCUUAGGCUGGUGUACACCUCGCCCUGAAGCACGCUUUCUCAGCCCCUGCUCCUGCAGCCCCUGUGGAAUCCUGGCUUGAAACCGCACAGAUCUCUCUACAGUCAGGCCCAGGGGGAGGAGGCGGCUUUUCCGAGAGGCUGUUGCACACCACAGUGGUUGCCGUGAAUACCACAGCCUGGCCCAUCUAAGGGCUUCCUGGCCAUAGAAGGAUCCCUGAUGGAGCUGCAGAGACGGGAUACCAUCUUGUGAGUCCUGGCAAGAGGCGCGAACAGUGAGGGAGAGGGCGGUGGGCCAGGGUGUGUGGACCAGGUGUGGUCACCCAGGGCGGGGCCCGUAGGAUGCCUUCUUUGAUAACCGCUGGAUUUGACAGCACUGCCAGGCUGUGUUGUGCCUUUCAGAACACAGAGGCAAUCAAAGUUGUUUACAUCCCAGGACUGGUAACACAGCUGCAGCCAGUUCCGAGAGGCAGCGGGCACUGGAGGCCCGAGAAUUCAUCCCCAGGUUUUGGGCCCAGAAACAGGAAGGAAGACCCUCCGGCCAGCCCAGGGGAUCCGAAGCUGUGCUGCUUUUGUCUCCUGACACCCAGUACCCCGGGAUCUGUGGCCCGGGGUGGCCUCGCCCCUCUUUCUCAUGAGACAGUGUACCCACCAGAGGGCCCGGUCACAGGGCCCCAAGCCUCAGCACCCCCCAUGUCGCCUGCUCACCUUCACAGGGGUGCAGCUGCCAGCUGGCCCCACACCUAGAAGCCAGAGCCCGUUCUCAGGUCCCAGCAGACCUCUCCUAACCAGUCACCUUCAGCAUCCUUCAUCCCUCAGCCCGACAGCGCCUGUGCACGGGAGGCACCUUCCCCUGGAAGGGGCGUCUCACCUGGGCGUGUCACUGACAACCCCUGGAUUCUCAGCCUGGAGCUGGGAUGGGCAGCCUCCAAGACCUAUCAGAGAAGGACCCUGCCCGGAAGCAUCAGGUGAGCUAAGAGCUUUCUCGAAGGAGCAUGCUGCGCUCAAGCUUCUACCCCAAAGGCAAUACUUGUCUUGACUCUGCCUCAGUGCUCCCCCUCCGGAUGGUGCCACCCCUGCUGGACCUUACCCCCGGGCUGGGUGCCCCCAGCAGGCAGGCGUCUGCUCACAAGCAAGGCCUUUUACAACGAUCCUUUUUCAAAAUACCGUGCUUUGUUUCUUUAACAUUAAGUGUCUGCUGUUCAGAUUGGCUUUCUGUGCUAAUUGCGCAGUUGUAGCACUGUAUAUUUUAUCUAACGUUACCAUGCCAAAACCUUCAUUUUUCCUGUUUCCCUAACACGUGGUCUUGAUUAUGUUUCUAAAAGAAAACUUGAGCUGCCGGAUAGAUAGGAGCAAGCAGGGAGCACUGCCCCUCUCCACGCUCUGAGCAGAGCAGCUGUCUGCCCAGCCCACAGGGGAAACGCCCCUGCUCAGUUCAUCUCGGCAUUUCGGACCAUCCUGUUUACCACGCAUGCCUGUUGCCAGGAAUGGGCCUGAUUUUUGGUAGUUCUCAAUUCUAACAACCACAUUGAAUGGGUUUCCUUACUUACUCAAUCCAUUUCUGAAGAAAAAAAAAAAUAUAUGUGGUUUUUCUAAAAGAUGGGUGAGCUUGUAGCAAGGAUGAGCAACCCCACUAGAAGAACAGAAGAAUGGCCGGAUUCACGAGGGUUUCAAGGUCCAGGGAUUCAGUUGUUUCUGGCACAGGGAUGAUUUGCCAUCCUCACCGAAGACCACUAGCUGACCUGCCAAGAUGCCCCCCUUGCGCCCUCAGAUCCCAUCCCUGCCUUCACGAACUGCAAGGGGAGAAGCCACAUCCCUCUGGCAAUUCUGCCUGCCAUCGCUUGAGGGGAUGGCAUACAUCCCCUGGAUGGCAUACAAGGGGACCUUUGCCACAGCUGGGAUUGAAGACAGAGAAGACGGGAUUGCAUAUUUGAAACCAGCGUUGAGAUGAGCUGGAGAAUGGGCACUACCAGGGGUGAGGGGGUGGUGGAGCUAAUUAGGGCUUCUUAUUGCCUGGGAUCCAUCCUAGAAAGAAUGUCUUUACCUCUGUAACCUUAGCGGCACCAUCUCUGGCAUCACCAUUUGGUCAAACACACUGCUUAACUCAUCAGAUGCUGACUUGGUGGUGGAAGAAUUCUUUUGACUGCAGGAUCCAUGGUGACCCAGCUGUAGUCACCCAUGAGUGGGUCCCUGUGAGCUGUCUAUUCGAGGGGGAACAGGUGACAAAUCUGGAGUCUACUGUCUGGAUGUAAGCGAGGCUGAGAAGUCCACACACAGGCUGUGAAACGCGUAGUAUUAUCUUAACUACCCUCUUCUGUUAUGGUUUACACAAUAGAAUUUUUAAACAAAUGUGUUUAAUUUUCUAAAAUCUCUUGUAUUAAAAUUUUCUUUUGGAAUAAGCUGUGGUAAUUUUGUUACAAUCUAGUUGAGACACACCUCUUUACAAUGACAAAAUUAAAAUGGUUACAUUUUCUAAAUUA